AUGGCCCGCGAGCCGGAGGAGGAGGAGACGGCGGGGGCGGCCGCCCUGGCCCGCGGCUGCCGGGGCUCGUCCGGCCCGGCCGGGGCCCGGGCGCCGCGGCCGCCCCUCUGGCUGCUCUGCCUGGGCGCGUGCUGGCUGCUGGGCGCCGUGGCCGACGCCGACUUCUCCAUCCUGGACGAGGCGCAAGUGCUGGCGAGCCAGAUGCGGAGGCUGGCGGCCGAGGAACUGGGGGUCGUCACCAUGCAGCGGAUAUUCAACUCCUUUGUUUACACUGAGAAAAUCUCAAAUGGAGAAAGUGAAGUACAGCAGCUAGCCAAAAAAAUCCGAGAGAAGUUCAACCGUUACUUGGAUGUGGUCAAUCGGAACAAGCAAGUUGUGGAAGCCUCCUAUACGGCUCACCUAACCUCUCCCCUCACUGCAAUUCAAGACUGCUGUACUAUCCCGCCUUCCAUGAUGGAAUUUGAUGGGAACUUUAAUACCAAUGUAUCUAGAACAAUUAGUUGCGAUCGACUUUCUACCACUGUUAAUAGCCGGGCCUUCAAUCCAGGACGAGAUUUAAAUUCAGUUCUUGCAGACAACCUGAAAUCCAACCCUGGAAUUAAGUGGCAGUAUUUCAGCUCGGAAGAAGGGAUUUUCACCGUUUUCCCAGCACACAAGUUCCGGUGUAAGGGCAGCUAUGAACAUCGUAGUAGACCUAUCUACGUCUCCACGGUCCGGCCACAGUCCAAGCACAUAGUAGUGAUCCUGGACCACGGGGCCUCUGUCACGGACACCCAGCUUCAGAUCGCCAAGGACGCUGCCCGGGUCAUCCUCAGUGCCAUCGACGAGCACGACAAGAUCUCUGUGCUGACUGUGGCAGACACGGUCAGGACGUGCUCGCUCGACCAGUGCUAUAAGACGUUCCUGUCUCCAGCCACGAGUGAGACAAAGAGGAAAAUGUCCACCUUCGUUAGCAGCGUCAAGUCUCUGGACAGUCCUACCCAGCAUGCGGUGGGAUUUCAAAAGGCGUUUCAGCUGAUUCGAAGCACAAACAAUAACACAAAGUUCCAAGCGAAUACAGACAUGGUCAUAAUUUACCUGUCAGCUGGCAUUACAUCAAAGGACUCCUCAGAAGAAGAUAAAAAGGCGACUCUCCGUGUCAUCAAUGAAGAAAAUAGCUUUCUAAACAACUCCGUAAUGAUUCUCACCUAUGCCCUCAUGAAUGAUGGGGUGACUGGUUUAAAAGAGCUGGCUUUUCUGAGAGAUCUGGCUGAACAGAACUCAGGGAAGUAUGGCGUGCUGGACCGGACAGCCUUGCCUGUGAUUAAGGGGAGCAUGAUGGUGCUGAACCAGCUGAGUAACCUGGAGACCACGGUCGGCAGGUUCUAUACCAACCUUCCCAACCGGAUGAUUGAUGAAGCGGUCUUUAGCCUUCCCUUCUCUGAUGAGAUGGGAGAUGGUUUGAUAAUGACUGUAAGUAAACCCUGUUAUUUUGGAAACCUACUUCUGGGAAUUGUAGGUGUGGAUGUGAACUUGGCUUACAUCCUUGAAGACGUGACGUAUUACCAAGAUUCUUUGGCUUCCUAUACUUUUCUCAUUGAUGACAAAGGGUAUACACUUAUGCACCCAUCUCUUACCAGGCCAUAUUUACUAUCAGAACCCCCACUUCAUACUGACAUCAUUCAUUAUGAAAAUAUCCCCAAAUUUGAGUUGGUUCGGCAAAAUAUCCUAAGCCUCCCUCUGGGCAGUCAGAUCAUCGCAGUCCCUGUGAAUUCAUCCCUGUCUUGGCAUAUAAACAAGCUGAGAGCCACCGGAAAGGAGGCCUAUAAUGUGAGCUAUGCCUGGAAGAUGGUACAGGACACUUCCUUUAUUCUCUGUAUUGUGGUGAUACAACCGGAAAUACCUGUCAAGCAACUGAAGAACCUCAACACUGUCCCCAGCAGCAAGCUGCUGUACCACCGGCUGGACCUCCUGGGCCAACCUAGUGCUUGCCUUCACUUCAAACAGUUGGCCACUCUAGAAAGUCCAACUGUCAUGCUGUCUGCUGGUAGCUUUUCCUCCCCCUAUGAACACCUCAGCCAGCCAGAGACAAAGCGCAUGGUGGAGCACUACACGGCCUAUCUCAGUGACAACACCCGCCUCAUUGCUAACCCGGGGCUCAAAUUCUCUGUCAGGAAUGAAGUAAUGGCCACCAGCCACGUCACAGAUGAAUGGAUGACACAAAUGGAAAUGAGUAGCCUGAACACGUACAUUGUCCGCCGUUACAUAGCAACACCCAAUGGCGUCCUUAGAAUUUAUCCUGGUUCCCUCAUGGACAAAGCAUUUGAUCCCACGAGGAGACAAUGGUAUCUCCAUGCAGUAGCUAAUCCAGGUUUGAUUUCUUUGACUGGCCCUUACUUAGAUGUUGGAGGAGCUGGCUAUGUAGUAACCAUCAGUCACACAAUCCAUUCAUCCAGUACACAGCUAUCUUCUGGGCAUACUGUGGCUGUGAUGGGCAUCGACUUCACACUCAGAUACUUCUACAAGGUUCUGAUGGACUUAUUACCAAUUUGUAACCAAGAUGGUGGCAACAAAAUCAGGUGCUUCAUAAUGGAAGACAGGGGUUAUCUGGUGGCGCAUCCAACCCUCAUUGACCCCAAAGGACACGCACCUGUGGAACAACAGCAUAUUACCCACAAGGAGCCCUUGGUAGCAAACGAUAUCCUGAACCACCCAAACUUUGUAAAGAAAAACCUGUGCAACAGCUUCAGUGACAGAACGGUCCAGAGGUUUUAUAAAUUCAACACCAGCCUUGUGGGAGAUCUGACGAACCUCGUGCAUGGCAGCCACUGUUCUAAGUACAGACUGGCGAGGAUCCCAGGAACCAACGCGUUCGUUGGCAUCGUCAAUGAAACGUGCGACUCUCUUGCCUUCUGUGCUUGUAGCAUGGUGGAUCGGCUCUGUCUCAACUGUCACCGAAUGGAACAAAAUGAAUGCGAAUGUCCCUGUGAGUGCCCUCUAGAGGUCAAUGAGUGCACCGGCAACCUCACCAAUGCAGAGAACCGAAACCCAAGCUGCGAGGUCCACCAGGAGCCAGUGACAUACACAGCUAUUGACCCUGGCCUGCAAGAUGCCCUUCACCAGUGUGUCAACAGUCGGUGCAGCCAGAGGAUGGAAAGCGGGGACUGCUUUGGUGUGCUGGACUGUGAAUGGUGCAUGGUGGACAGCGAUGGAAAGACUCACCUGGACAAAUCCUACUGUGCACCCCAGAAAGAAUGCUUCGGGGGAAUCGUGGGAGCCAAAAGUCCUUACGUGGAUGACAUGGGAGCGAUAGGUGAUGAGGUGGUCACGUUGAACAUGAUUAAAAGUGCCCCCGUGGGUCCCGUGGCCGGAGGCAUCAUGGGCUGCAUCAUGGUCCUGGUCCUUGCUGUGUAUGCCUACCGCCAUCAGAUUCAUCGCCGGAGUCAUCAGCACAUGUCUCCUCUGGCUGCCCAAGAAAUGUCCGUGCGUAUGUCCAGCCUGGAGAAUGACAGAGAUGAAAGAGAUGAUGAGAGCCGAGAGGACAGAGGCAUCAUCAGCAAUACUAGGUUUAUAGCUGCAGUCAUCGAACGACACGCACACAGCCCAGAAAGGAGGCGUCGCUACUGGGGUCGAUCGGGAACAGAAAGCGAUCAUGGUUACAGUACCAUGAGCCCGCAGGAGGACAGUGAAAAUCCCCCGUGCAACAAUGACCCCCUGUCAGCGGGGGUCGACGUGGGAAACCACGAUGAGGACUUGGAUCUGGACGCGCCGCCCCAGACCGCUGCCCUCCUAAGUCACAAAUUCCACCACCCGCGCCCCCACCACCCGGCACUGCACCACAGCCACCACUUACAGGCGGCCGUGACAGUACACACUGUCGACGCGGAAUGCUAA